AUGAACGAACUGCAUGAAUCACUUAUAAGCUCUACUGUGUAUUGUUUAAUUGAAAAAUAUAAUACGCUCAUAUCAAACCUAAAACCAUCCCAGGAUUAUUUUUUGCUUGAAUUAUUUAAUAUAAGUUGUCAAAUUGAAAAUAAUAUAUAUAUAUACUAUAACAAAUGUAGGACGAAGUUUACAGAGAAUGAUUGUCUUAAAGAAUCCACAGCUUAUAUUACGUAUUUCAAUGGAAUAACAAGAAUAAGGCACGUACUAGACGAAACGAUGAAUCAAAAAGAAAAUUCUCUUAACUUUUUUCCUACUAGUAAUACCAAUAAAAAAGUUACAAUUACAAUAGUAUUAGUUCAUAUAACAAUAUGA